GUCCGCCGGAGCCCGCGUCCUGCCGCAGUCCAUCCGCCGCUAGUCGGAGAGAGUGGUUGCGGGGAGACCCGGGCCACUCCGCCAGCUAUUACUGCUACUGCCGCUGCCCCCCGCAGUCGCAGCCCAGCAGCCGGGAAACGCCACCCACAGAUUGGGCCGCGCAGCGUGGGAGGGGUAGCGGUCCCGGGGGACUGAUUCUGAACUUGCAGGGGGACCGCGGCUCUCUGGGCCUGGAGAGUGUGAACAGAACUGCGGGUUUACAAUGCUAUGGUGACUCCAAAGGCCAAAACCAAAGAGAUCUUCUCAGCUCUUUAGUUUGAACUACAGUGAAUUGUCUACCAACACCCGGCAUGGCGAAAAGUGCAGAGGUCAAAUUGGCAGUAUUUGGGACAGCAGGCGUGGGCAAGUCAGCUUGUAAUAAUGAUCUGGAUAUCUAUGCAGUCCUGAUAAAUUAGGCCCAUAACAUCAUCUGGCAUGCAUGGCUCUUGUAGUGCGAUUUUUGACCAAACGGUUCAUCUGGGAAUAUGAUCCCACCCUCGAAUCAACCUAUCGACACCAAGCAACCAUUGAUGAUGAAGUUGUCACCAUGGAGAUACUAGAUACAGCUGGUCAGGAAGACACCAUUCAGAGGGAAGGACACAUGCGAUGGGGGGAAGGCUUUGUGCUGGUCUAUGACAUUACUGACCGAGGAAGUUUUGAAGAAGUGCUGCCACUUAAGAACAUCCUAGAUGAGAUCAAAAAGCCCAAGAAUGUGACUCUCAUCUUGGUUGGAAACAAGGCUGACUUGGACCACUCUAGACAGGUUAGUACAGAAGAAGGGGAGAAGCUGGCCACAGAAUUGGCAUGUGCUUUUUAUGAAUGUUCUGCCUGCACCGGAGAAGGGAACAUCACAGAGAUAUUCUACGAGCUGUGUCGAGAGGUACGACGCCGGAAGAUGGUCCAGGGCAAGACAAGGCGACGCAGCUCCACCACACAUGUCAAGCAAGCCAUUAACAAGAUGCUCACUAAAAUCAGCAGUUAGGCAGCUCUGUCCUUGUGAAGGUCCUGUUCAGGUGGGUCUGGUAAUUGGAAACACUUUCUUGCCCUUUUGCCCUUUUCACCCCCCAAAUAAGAAAAUAUUCCAUUCCUUGUUGCGACUCUCAGAAAUGUCUGGUCUCAGCCUCCCAUAUGUUGGGAAGUUAGAGAGUGUUUCAAUGCAGUUUCAGUGCUGACAAUCUUUCUUAUGCCUGCUUGAAUAAAAUAUGCUCUGUUGUAGCUUGAACAUGUAAUCACCAGAUUCUGAAAUGGCUGGGUUCAUAUUAAGCUCUUCGUAGCCAUCUCCACUUUGCUUCAAUAGGUUGAAGUCUUUUCAGAGGCAUUUUUAAAUUCCCUUCUUUGUCAUAGUCUACAAAUGAUCAUUGCAAAAGUCCAAAAUAAUAGAGGAUGCAGUAAAAACACAGGAAGAGUAGCGGAGAUGUUGGACUGGGGAAUAGAGCCUUAGUUCCUAUUUGAAGUGAGGAUUUCCUGAACUAUCUUAAAUUAUCUAGUUUUUCUUUAACCCUUGUUUUGCUCUUAAAUUCAAACACAUCCUCAAAGUUUUACAUUGUCCUAGAGAGUUUCAUUUCAAUAUUUCUAUGGUCUGUUGAUCAUUGUACCCUCAUUCUCUAUGGCUCCAGAAAGAUUUAAUUAUAUAUAGCAAAGGCAGCAGGACCCUUCAAUUCAAACCUUGCUGGGCCAUUUCUCACCAAGCCCAGGCUGAUGUAAAGACAAUAGGAAUCUUUGCACCAAAUGCUGAUUUUAUUGAAUGCUAAUAGAGGAUUUAGAAUCAGAAGUGUCUAGUUCAUUUCUUUCUCUGAUUAUCAUCUUAGCAGAAAGACAACAUUCCAAAAAACAGGUAAGUUAAGAGUAAAACUUAACUACCCUUCCGUUGGGGAGUCCAGGCUCUGUGCCAGGCACAGUAAGAAGAAUUAGCCACUGAUUUGUUAAGUUGGCAACAUGACUUCUAAUAUUUUGGAUAAAUUAAUUUGUUAGGAGGAUUCAGAAAAGAAGGAAUGAUUAAAGUUCACUAUACCUGAAUAAAUGUGUAUAAAACAGAUUCCUAUAUUGUGAAAGUACAGUCUAUAACUAAUAAAGCUUUAUGAUUCUUUUUUCCCUACUAUGGCCCCAUAUAUCAAAAUUUGGGCACUUUAUUUUAGAAAAAAUAUAUAUCUUUUACAUAUAUGUGUAUUUAUAAAUGCAUAGAUAUAUGUAUAAAAAUUUGUAAGAGUUGGAGGCUUUAAUUCACCAAUGCAUUUGGACGACUCAGUGUAACUAUUUUAUGUGAAUACAAUAAAAAGCAUAAUUUUCACAUUCCAUCAUA